AUGGACCCCAAUCUCUCCAUUCCCCUGGAAGUAUCUGCAAUGAUGGACCAUGAGAAAGAUGAUACUGCCUCAUUUGCUCUGCGGAUCUUCUCCAUGGUGUUGAUGGCCAUUACCUUUGUCCUCGGCAUCGUUGGCAAUGGGCUCGUGAUCUGGGUGUUGGGGUUCCGGAUGCAUCGCACUGUUACCACCGUCUGCUAUCAGAACCUAGCUUUGGCUGACUUCUCAUUAUCGGCCACUAUGCCAUUCAUCAUCGCCUCAAUGGCCACAAGAGGUAAAUGGCCUUGCGAUUUGUACCUGUGCAAGAUCAUUUACAUCGUGAUUUACUUCAACAUUUUCAGCAGUGUCUUUCUCAUCAUGUUCAUUGCUCUGGACCGCUACAUUUGCAUUGUGCAUCCCGUGUGGGCCCAGAACCAUCGAACGGUCAAGCUGGCUACUAAAAUGAUUUUGGGGCCCUGGAUUCUUGCCUUCAUCCUGACUGUGCCCAUUAUUAUUAGCUUCAAUACUGCAAAGAAGAAUUUAAACGAAUGUUAUAAAUGUUUUCUCAGCUUUGCGCUCUUUGAGGCCAAAACCCAUGAGGAGUUGAAGUUAUACUUUGGGGAUCUAAUAGUCAGAGGCAGCAUCUGGUUAAUCCUUGGCUUCAUCUUGCCCAUGUUCAUAGUCCCCAUUUGCUAUUGCCUCAUUGCAGCCAAGAUCUCUCAGACCAACGCAAUCCGAUCCAACCGGUCCCUAUGGCUGCUCACUACUAUUGUGGCUUCUAUCUUCAUCUGUUGGUUCCCUUUUCAGCUGGUUGAACUCCUGAGAAUGAUCUGGAUCACGCAGCAUUUGAAUCCUCGCAGCUGCGAGACACUCAAACUUCUGGUCCUACUCACGAGUGCGUUGGCCUUCUUCAACAGUUGUCUCAACCCCAUAAUCUAUGUGUUCAUGGGCCGAGACUUCCGCCAGAGCCUGAUUCAUUCUCUUCCUGCCAGUCUGGAGAAGGCCCUGAGUGAGGACCCAGGACCAAACCCAGAAUCCUCGACCAAGCCUGAUUUAUAG